AGCCCUUGUGGCUCAACAGACUUUGUCGCGACAUAGGCCGUUUGCCUUUGUCGCGACCCUGGUUGUCGACGUUGAUCGGUGCUCAAUUUGAAUUGGUUAGCCAUGUUCAAGAACACGUAUCAGUCUGGCUUCUUGUCUGUUCUGUAUUCCAUAGGGAGUAAGCCGUUGCAGAUUUGGGAUAAGAAGGUUCGCAAUGGGCACAUCAAGCGGCUCACGGAUUCUGACAUCCAGUCCAGCGUGCUCGAGAUCAUGGGAACGAACGUGAGCACUACGUUCAUCGAAUGCCCGGCAGACCCGAAGCAGACGCUCGGAAUCAAGCUGCCAUUCCUGGUGAUGAUUAUGAAGAACCUCAAGAAGUACUUCACCUUCGAGGUCACCGUGCUCGACGACAAGGAGGUCCGGCGCCGCUUCCGCGCCUCGAACUACCAGAGCACCACCCGCGUGAAGCCGUUCAUCUGCACCAUGCCGAUGCGCCUGGACGAGGGCUGGAACCAGAUCCAGUUCAACCUGUCUGACUUCACCAGGCGCGCGUACGGCACGAACUACAUCGAGACCCUCCGCCUGCAGCUGCACGCGAACUGCCGGAUCCGCCGGAUCUACUUCUCCGACAGGCUGUACAGCGAGGAGGAGCUGCCCCCCGAGUUCAAGCUCUUCCUGCCGGUGGCCAAGAAGGGCGCGGCGGACGCGGCAGCGGGGGCGAGUGUGGCCGCGUGAGUCAAGGGCGCGGCGGACGCGGCGGCGGGGGCGAGUGUGGCCGCGUGAGGGCCCCUGGCCCGCAUGGCCGCCCCGCGCGACGGUCGGUACAAGACUCGGUCCGGAACUGCAGAGCUUGCCGAGUCAGCUCACGGGUGCCCCCUGCCGUGUGUCGGGCGAGGCUGCAGUGCUUCGGGCCCCCCGUGGCCUGGCACGGCUCGAGCCUGCUCUUGAACCAUUGCGGAAGGAAGGUUGGGUCUUGGGGUCUUGGGCGCUGGUCGUGAGGGUAAGCCAAAGUUCGUGACCGAGGUGAUGUUCUUGAAUCUAUGCUUACCCAAAGGGCUGCCGAAACCUUGGCAGUCUUUGCCCGGUGUAUGGACCAAAAGAAAUGCCAGAGGCUUUGCAGGCUCGCGUUCGUCCGUUGCCGUGUUGAUUUGCCUUGCUCUUCCUCACUUCCUUGGACGCCAUCCCCAUAUCUAUACCGCCAGGUUUUGCAACGAGGAGCCGUGGACAAUGAGCAGAAGCCGCCUGUGCACUAGGUGCCCAGACGCUUCGUGAUUCGCCAGAGGACAGUCUCGGCAGGGCCCCCAGGCGCAUUGAGCUCCUCUCUGAGCCAAGGUGAACCUUGUACCGAAGCUCUGACUGUGCUCGCCCUGCUCCCCUCCUCCCCCUUUCCCUCCUCUCCCUUCCCCUUCCUCUUCCUCCUCCCUCGCCCUCCCUCCUCCCCCCCCCUCUCUCCUCUCUCCUCUCCAGCUGGCACAAGGGUC